GCUGGGGGGCCCGGAAGUCAACACCAUGUCGAGUCUGCACAAGAGCCGGAUCGCAGAUUUCCAGGAUGUCCUGAAAGAGCCCUCGAUUGCAUUGGAGAAGCUGCGGGAACUCAGUUUUAGUGGCAUCCCCUGCGAGGGUGGACUUCGGUGCCUCUGCUGGAAGAUCCUCUUGAACUACCUCCCCUUGGAGAGAGCCUCAUGGACAUCCAUCCUGGCCAAACAGAGGGAGCUCUACGCCCAGUUCCUGAGGGAAAUGAUUAUCCAGCCUGGCAUUGCCAAGGCCAACAUGGGAACAUCCAGGGAGGAUGUGACCUUCGAGGACCACCCGCUCAACCCCAGCCCUGACAGCCGAUGGAACACGUACUUCAAGGACAACGAGGUGCUGCUGCAGAUUGACAAGGACGUUCGGAGGUUGUGCCCAGACAUAUCCUUCUUCCAGAGGGCCACCGAGUACCCCUGCCUCCUCAUCCUGGACCCCCAGAAUGAAUUUGAAACCCUUCGCAAGCGAGUGGAACAGACAACUCUGAAGUCCCAGACGGUGGCGCGGAACCGGAGUGGGGUCACAAAUAUGAGCUCCCCACACAAGAACGCUGCGCCGCCAGCUCUGAACGAGUAUGAGGUGCUGCCCAACGGCUGCGAAGCCCACUGGGAGGUGGUGGAGCGGAUCCUGUUCAUCUACGCCAAGCUCAACCCUGGCAUCGCUUACGUGCAGGGCAUGAAUGAGAUUGUGGGGCCCCUCUACUACACGUUCGCCACCGACCCCAACAGCGAGUGGAAAGAGCACGCCGAGGCGGACACCUUCUUCUGCUUCACCAACCUCAUGGCCGAGAUCCGGGACAACUUCAUCAAGAGCCUGGACGACUCGCAAUGCGGCAUCACCUACAAGAUGGAGAAGGUGUACUCCACCCUGAAGGAGAAGGACGUGGAGCUCUACCUGAAACUGCAAGAGCAGAACAUCCGGCCCCAGUUCUUCGCCUUCCGCUGGCUCACGCUGCUGCUGUCCCAGGAGUUCCUGCUGCCGGAUGUCAUCCGCAUCUGGGACUCGCUCUUCGCGGACCACAACCGCUUUGACUUCCUCCUCCUCGUGUGCUGCGCCAUGCUCAUCCUGAUCCGGGAGCAGUUGCUCGAAGGGGACUUCACUGUCAACAUGCGGCUCCUGCAGGACUACCCCAUCACAGACGUCUGCCACAUCCUCCAGAAGGCCAAGGAGCUCCAGGACUCCAAGUAGCCUGGCGGCAAGAGGCUGGAUUUGGGAGAGCAGCGCCCGCCCGGUGCCCUGGAUGCUGGGGUCUGGGCAUCGCCGGCCCACGGGGCUGCUGCAGGUGCAGCUGCUCCAGGUCCGCCUGGCUCCCGCCCCCCGGGCUGUGCCCUCCAGGGCACACUGUGCCGUCUCCUUCAGCCACCAGGCCCAGGUGUCCUCCCUGAUCUCGGCCCUGGGACCCUCUGCGCAGGCUGUCAAGCAGGGCCAGGGCCGUUCUGGGCAGGGGGAGGCUGGCAAGGGCCCCUCGCCGCCUCCGCGCUGCCUCCUUCCUCGUCCUUCCCUGCUUCCAGUCUUUGCCUGGCUGCUGGUCAAGGGGUGCUUGGCACACACACGGGGCAGAAGCCAACUCUGGGGGUUGGUGCUCAGGCUUCUGCAUGGGGAGUGACGCCAAAGGAGCUGAGUGACCGCCAGGCCCAGGCCCAGGCCCCGCCCUCUCUCCUCCCCGCCCCCCCGAGCUCGGGUGUCGCUGGGGCGUGUGUUCCCAGUCUGUCCCCACCGUGUUGGAGGGUGCUCUGGUGGGUGAGGGUGUCUUGGUCCCUCCAGGGUCCGGCUUCCCCUUCUCUCUGUCUACCUCUGCCUGUCUCCCUCCGCCUCCUCUGGGGGUGCCUGAGACUGCCUCCCCCUCCUCGCUCUCCCCUGCCUUUCUUUCUGGGAUGCCUUAUCUGGAGCCUCUUCCUGCCUCCCCCCUCUACUCCCAGGAAGCCGGGAGGCGGAGUGAGGGCUGUAGCUCAGCAAGAUCCCCCAGGGGCGCCGAGCCUCCUGGGCUGCACCUGGAAGGCUCCACAGUGCCCACCCCAGGGCGCUGGACCUCUCCGCUGUAGCGAUCUGGAAACCCAGAGCUGCCGAGACAGGUGGCCCAGGAAGCGGUGCACCUCUCGCCUGUGUCCCGCCCACGACGGGAGCCGGGGAGGAAGAAGACCAGGGCGGAUUUCCUGGAGGCUCCCAGAGCCGUCCUGCCUCGAAGGCAAAGGCCAGCAGGUGUCAGGUGCUUCCAAGAGUCGUCGUCAACCCGGUUGCCAGGCCCCAACCCAUGGUUCGAGUUGCACACAGGUCAGCUGAGGACCCAGGGAGCCUCUGGGCGCAGGUGGAGCAGAGCCCGUGGCCUGCAUCGUGGCACCAGGAGAGCCAGCUGCCCGGUCAGGUCUUCUUGGAUACGCAGGACUCUGCACUUGCCUCCUCGCCACCUCCUCUCGUGACCCAGGAUUUGGGAGGCUUUUGCUAUUUAUUCAGAUUCCUGUCUAUUUAUUGAAGGUUGACAAGCGCUUCGGGGAUGGAAAGUGGCGGGGAGCGGGGAAAGGAGUUGCAGACGUGGUCCACCCACUCAGCGGGGACCUCUCUCCUUCCCCUGCCUCAGGGACCUGGUUUUCCAGUGGGUCCCGGCUGGGAGGGCUGCGAGCUCUACUGGCGCUAGUGUAAGGGAGACCAGAGGACGGGUGUCUAGCAGACUCAGAUCUGGGGACGGGGCGGGGACAGCCCUGCUGGCCAGCUUCCUUCCCCCAGAACGCGUCAGCUGGUGGCUCCGCCCCAGCAUUGACCCUUCCCAGCCUGAGGCGUGGGCCGCCGACAGGACCUAGUGGACACCUGCAUUUCCUCUGGCCUGGCCUGGCUGCCCGCCUGGGAACACUACCUUAAUCACAGCAUCGGAUUGCUUCAUGGGAGCACCACAUCCAGUGUGCUGUCCUUGUCCUUGAGAUGAAGGUCAAGAGCACAGGGACCCACGCGAGGUGAGCCCCUGGGCUGCCGCCUGGGCGAGGACCUGGCCUGGCUGAUUCCUGUCUGACCCAAGGGGGACAGCAGUCAGUGUCCGGGCUCCCUCGUGGGACGCUGUCCCGGACCCUAGAGACUGAGCUUGUGCAGUGACAAGUCUCAGUACGGAGGGUCAGAAUGUGUCGGCUGUGGUUUCCCAUCUGUUUUGUUCUCAGAAUCAGUGCUGUGGACGAUGAGUUAUCUUUAAUAAAUCCUGCAUUCUUUGCAA